AUGGCACCGAUCGAACGCCCGUUGAGCGCCAGGGCGAAGUCGCGACGAGAUAAAGCGCCGAAGACGCGGCACUUAGUCGUGGGCGCCGGGCAACCGAAUGCGCCGAAGGUUGAACACGGCGGGCGGAAUGGACGAAUCCGAGGAAACGCGAUCAGUACCGGGAAAUACAACGCCGUGACUUUCGUGCCGAAGGGGUUGUACGAGCAGUUUCGUCGAGUGGCGAACUUGUAUUUCUUGUCGGUGGCGAUCAUCUCUGUGUUUGAAACGGUUUCGCCGAUCAAGCCGUACACCACUUGGACGCCGUUGGCGCUCGUGAUCGGACUCUCGCUCAUCAAGGAGGCGAUUGAGGAUUAUAAGAGACACGUGCAAGAUCGACAGCAGAAUACGUCGCCUACGGAAAGAUUUAACGGAACGUCGUUCGAGAAGUGCGAAUGGAGAGAAUUGCAGGCGGGUAACAUCGUGCGAGUUGUCCGCGACCAGUUCUUUCCCUGCGAUCUCAUCAUGCUCGAUAGCUCUCUAGAGGAGAACUCGUGCUAUGUCGAGACGAAAAAUUUAGACGGUGAAACGAACCUCAAGACGAAGCGUUCCGUCGACGUGGAAGGUCUGAAGUUUGAGCGAGAGGCGUUUGUGAAGAUGUGCGCUGAUAGUGAGACGACCGUCGAGUGCGAUCUACCGAACAACUCUCUGUACACCUUCACGGGCGUUACCACUCUUAGCAGCUCUGUGACCAGCGGAGACGCUAAAAAAGUCGCCCUCAAUCCAAAUAACGUUCUUUUGAGAGGUUCGAGCCUUCGAAACACUGAGUGGGUCGUCGGUAUCGCAGCGUACACCGGUCAUGAUACAAAGGUGAUGCAGAACUCCAGCGACGCCCCAUCUAAGCGUUCGUACCUUGAGAAACAAAUGGAUGUCAUCGUUAUCACCAUGCUCAUCGCGCUUGUCGCGAUGAGCACUGUAUCGGCGAUAUACUGUUCGUCAUGGAUCGGCAACCAAGCGGCAGACCACUGGUACCUGGUCGUGAACCAACAAGAUGUGACGUUCAACCCGGAUAAUAAGCCGCUCGUGGGAGUCAUUUCCUUCUUCACGUCCUACGUACUCUAUGGUUACCUCAUCCCAAUCUCGCUGUACGUUUCUCUCGAACUUGUUAAGGUCGUGCAAGGAUUUGUUUUCCUGAACAAGGACCGAGCGAUGUAUCACGAGCCAACGGACACACCGGCGCUGUGCCGCACCACGAACCUCAAUGAAGAGCUCGGUAUGAUUCACACCGUGCUGAGCGAUAAAACUGGGACGUUGACAUGCAACAGCAUGGAGUUCUUCAAGUGCUCGAUCGCCGGCGUGUCUUACGGUGAAGGUGUAACCGAGAUUGAGCGAGCCAUCCUUCAGCGAAGAGGUGAACCGGCUCCAAAGAAGAUGGAUCCAAUUGAACCAUCUUUCAACUUCAGAGAUCCGAGACUGGAGCGCGGUGAGUGGCACAAACGCCCAGACGCCCACAUUACUCGAGAUUUUUUCCGUGUUCUUGCUGUUUGCCAGACGGUGGUCCCAGAAGGAGAACCGACUCCUAACGAGAUCGUGUACCAAGCAGAGAGUCCAGACGAACUCGCGUUCGUUGUAGCGGCGAAACAGUUUGGCUUCUUUUUCAAGAAGAGGACUGCGACGACGAUCACGGUGGUAGAAGAGGCGUUCGAGAACGGAAAUCCCGCUAAAAUGGACGUCGAGUACAAAAUCUUGAAUGUGCUCGAAUUUUCCUCUGCGCGCAAGCGCAUGAGCGUUAUCGUGCGAAACUCGCGAGAUGGAAAGCUUAUGAUGUACACGAAAGGUGCCGAUAGCGUCAUUUAUCAGCGCAUGAAACCAGAGGACAAUGCUUUCAGAGCGACGACGCAAGAACACAUGGAUGAUUGGGCGAAAUGCGGUUUACGCACGCUUUGCCUAGCGUCCAAGGAACUCAAUGAGGGUGAAUACAACAAGUGGAACAAACAGUUUGUUGAGGCCAGUCAGGCUCUGUCAAACAGAGCCGAAAAGCUUGAAGAAGUCGCAGAGCUCAUUGAAACCGAUCUCACUCUCUUGGGCGCGACUGCGAUCGAAGACAAGUUGCAGGAGGGUGUCCCGCGCACCAUCGAGCAACUUAUGAAGGCUAACAUUGCCGUGUGGGUGCUUACCGGCGAUAAGCAAGAUACGGCGAUAAACAUCGGCCAGGCUUGCUCGCUGAUCACACCGCAGAUGAAGCUUCGAAUAAUCAAUGUUGAGGACCUGGUGAAAUCAGAGAACGAAGGAGACAUCGAUAGCGACGAGUUCGAACACCUCGCGAUGGCGUCGGUGAAACAUCAAAUCGAAGCUGGCCUAGUUGACGCAGAGGCUGCCCUGAUGAUGAACGCUGAAGUGGGCAUGGUGAUUGAUGGUCGAUCGCUAACUCUCGCGCUGAAAGAGGAACUCGCGGGAGCAUUUUUGUCUCUAGGAACAAAGUGCAGCGCAGUGAUAUGUUGUCGUGUAUCCCCUUUGCAGAAAGCGCUCGUCACGCAGCUCGUCAGAGACUCUGGCCGCAUCACGUUAGCCAUCGGUGACGGUGCUAAUGACGUUGGAAUGAUUCAGGCGGCGCACAUCGGCGUAGGCAUCAGCGGCCAGGAAGGCAUGCAAGCUACCAUGGCCUCGGACUUCGCGUUCGCCCAGUUCCGUUACUUAGAGCGCUUGAUUCUCCUUCAUGGUCGGUACAACUACAAACGAAUUGCUCGCAUGGUGACGUACUUCUUCUUCAAGAACGUUGCCUUUGGCGUUACCAUUUUCAUGUACAACAUGCAUACAAACGCUAGCGGACAGACUGUUUACAACGAUUGGCUGAUGUCAUCGUUCAACAUUUUCUUCACGAACUUCCCAGUUUUGGUCUUGGGCGUCCUGGACCAAGAUGUGAAGCCUCAGAGUUCUUUGCAGAUCCCGCAGCUGUACCGAGAAACUCAAGCGAACACGCAGUUCACGUCACGGCGUAGACUGCUUUGGUUUGUGUAUGGUAUGUAUGUCGGUGUAGUUUGCUUCUUAACAGUCUUUUACGGUAUCCACACGGGCGAGGCGGACUCUAAGGAUGGCAGACCGUUCGGUCUAUGGGAAGUUGGCACCACGUUGUACACGUCCGUUCUCAUCGCUCUCAACUUGCAACUCGCAUUGAUAAGCAACUUUUGGACAAUUUUACAUCACGUCGUCGUUUGGGGGUCGAUUUUGUUGUGGUGGCUCCUAAACAUAGCCCUGAGUGAAACCGAAGUGUUUUACUCGACGUACAGCUGGAAGACUUUCUUGCCCAUCACGUCUCAGGUGGCCAAGUAUUGGGUGGGUUUCUGGCCCGGAGCUGCGUUGGCAUUGAUGCCGUACAUGUAUGUCAUCUGUAUCUAUCGCUUCUUCAAACCGACUUUGGUCGACGCAGUACAAGAUAGAGAUUUGGCAAGAAAACGCCUUCACGGAGACGUCAGCGAGAAGGAAGGGAAAGAACCCGGUCAAAAGUUGGAUGUUGAGUUCUCUUCUCCGCGUCGGGUAGGCACACUUAAGGGCGUCGUCAUUGAGAAUUUAGGAAUCACACCGAUCAAGUCGGAGGACAUAGUCAAGCCGAGGCACAGACGACAACUGUCUUUCGCAGACGUCUGGGGUAAACAACCUGAUAUCCCCGAGAUCCCGGCCGCGCGAGGUUCUAUCGAUGGCCGAAAAUCGUUAUCCAUCGGCCACUCGCGUGAAGUGAGCAGAGAAGUGGUGUCACCGAUAGCUGAAUCUUCUGAAACCGAUCGAAGCGCUGUUGAGACAAAGGAUCGCGCCAAAGGCAAACGAUGA